UAAAGUUAUGGCAAGUCAAUCGGUCUUAAAAACCAGCAAUUUAUUUAAUAAUUCUUGCUGGAAUACUUCUCAAAGUCCGACUAACAAAAUACUGACGGGUCACAAAGGCCUGGACACGCACUUUGGAGGUGGAAUCAGCUUGGGACAAAUAACCGAGCUAAUAGGAAACUCGGGCAGUGGAAAGACUCAACUAUGCUUACAACUUUGCUUAAAUGUGCAAAUACCCAAAAGUGUGGGCGGAUUGGAAGGCAGCGCCUUAUUCAUAGACACCCGACAGGACUUUCAUCCAGAGCGAUUGUUGGGUUUAGCUAAGGAACUGGAGAAACGGUAUAACGACAUAGCACCCGACUUUAAGGCUUCCAGAAUGCUUAGAAGGGUUCAUUAUGUGGGGUGUCACAGCGCGGCUCAGCUAAUGUCCAGUGUCUUGAUGUGCUACCGACAUCUGCAAGAUCAUCCAGAUAUCAAGUUGAUCGUGAUCGACUCUCUGGCAUUUUCACUGCGCAUGCUUGAAGAUGGCGCACAGCGCUUUGAGCUGCUCCUGGAACUUCAUGAAAGCAUGAGGAGAUUGCAGACCCAACACAAUGUAGCCUGGGUCGUCACCAAUGUGCUCACGCAUCGCUGCAGCAGAAACGGGCAGCAGUUCCAUGUAGUGCCCGCCCUGGGGGAGCUGCAUUCGCACCUGAUCAAUGAGCGCAUCUGGUUUUCACAGAGCUGGCAGUGCUACUUGGGCAAGUCUUGGAAAGCCUGCAGAUUAAUUAAGACGUGAGAUUUGCUCUUGCUGAAUUCGACUUUUACUUUUGGAAGAACCAUAGCAAUCCCAUCAUGCAAGAAGGUCCUCCAUU